AAUUUACAACUGUUUUAAACCAUGGUUGUACAACAAUCAAGGAUCUGGAUGAACCAGACACAAUUUUAUUAAAUGGAAAUAGCAACAAAAAGAUAGCAGAUAGUGACAUUCACGAUUUGAUAUCCCCUAUUAAUAAUGUUUCCUUGGAAGAGGAAAAUGGAGAAGAAUUAAUGCAUGAUGAUUUACAAGAGCCACUUGAUGUUUUUCCUGACCAAUCUAACGAACAAGAUAAUCAGUGUACAUACGAUGAAAUGGCAAAUGCUCCGAGUAACAAAUAUCCUAUUGUUUUAAUUCCGAGUGUUAAUGUGGAAUUAUUAAAUUUGAAACUUCAGCGAAGUCCAUCACAAAUUAAUGACUCCGAGGAUGAGAUUGAUGAUAAUAGUGAAUCAUCGAAAAAAUUGUUUUUAAAGAAAUCAAAAAAGAGAAAGCGUAAGGUCUCUUUAAAUAUUUCACGUAAAAAAAAAGAAAAAACACAAAUACAACACGCCGAAACUGAUUCCGAUAAUGAUGAAUCAACAUCAUUGGAUGCUACAAUUGAAGAAUUGCAAAUAAGUA